AUGGCAAUAUUAGUUGUUGAUGUUAAUCAUCAUAUUGAACAAGAAUUUAUGACAUCUUUGUUGCAGAAAUUCAUUCCUACGCUUCGAGUUCGAAAAUUCGUAAUUAUUUCGGCAGAUAACUUCGAAAAACUCCAGGAUUAUUUUAUAUUCUUCAAAGAAAAUAAAUUCACCAGGAUAUUUGGGAUUUUUAAUCGCACAACCUAUGCAUAUAUGCAAUUUGCAGAUAGGAAAAUCCAACAAGUCUACAUGGAAGUCAAACUUCCUAAUUCAAUGGAAGAUUUAAACGGUUUCGUUUUUCGAACAACUGUUGAGAGAAACAUUCCCAGGACGUUUUGGUAUACAACAAAAGAAGGACAGCGCAAAAUAGGAGGCUGUUUUGGUCAAAUAUUUCUGAGCUUUAUUCGGCGACACAAUGCAACAUUCAAGGAAAUCAAACUGAACAAUUACACUGACAUGUAUGGCCCGGGAAUCAUAAAUGCCACCCUUCACAACCAAAUUGAUCUUAGUAUGAACAUUUAUGCUGAUAGCAAAGGACUUGAUCCCAGUUAUCCUGUGAAACUGGGCCGCUUCCUGGUGAUGGUCCCACUAAACGGCUAUGUGGACCCCAACGAGUACUUUAAACGACCUUUUUCUUUGGGCUUAUGGAUACUAAUUGGAAUAAAUCUAAUUUACAUAGUCCUGAUAGAUGUCGUGAUAAAAAUAUUAACCAAUAAACCUGUAGACAUAUGGCAGAGUUUUAGUCAAAUGUACCUAGCAAUGAUUGGUGGAUCACGAGAAAUACCUGUCACAACCGCCUAUCGACUUCAUAUUCAAGUUUUUUUGUUGUCUUUUAUUCUGAUGAACAUUUAUGUCAUAUGGUUUACGUCAUUUUUGACAGUUUACAUAAAAGUCAAACAAUUCGAGACCCUACAAGAUCUAAUUGAUAAUGAUGUCAAAGUUAUGAUUGCUAGUUACUUUUGGAAAGCUAUAUCAGUAUCGAAAAUCUUAAAGCCUGGAUUUGAAAAUCUUGUUGUAACCGUUGACUAUGAAACUCAUUUGACAGAAAUGUAUUCAAUGAAAAAUACAACUUUUGCCUAUGGCUUGAGUGCUGAUUUGAGUGAAUUUUUGAUAAGUUUACAGGCAUGUUUUGAGAAGCCAUUAUUUCACAUAACACGUGACAGUUUAUUGGUUUAUAAUUCUGGAUUUGUACUGGCGCCACAUUCACCGUUUAAAGAGAAUUUGAAUUUUUUCAUAAUUCAAGUUUUUGAAACGGGUUUGAUAAACAAAUGGGAUUAUGAUGUUGUUGUUCAGGCCCGAUAUGCUGGUUUAAAGGAACUUGAUGUUCAUCGUGGAAAUAGACGUACACCGCAUAAGAAUAAUGACAUGCAUGUUGCUUUGACAGUUGGACAUUUAAUGUUUUGUUGGAAUUUAUUGGCGAUUGGUUUGACAUUGGCCUCAUUGGCGUUUGUUGGCGAGAUAUUAAGCAUGAUUUUGUGA